GUUCUCGAUGAAGUGAACGCGAAACAUGCCGCUUCCUAGUUGACGGCGCACUGGAUGCCGUGUGCACGACGAAGAUGGACGAUGGGGCCAGUCCACAGCGCCAGCGCAACCAUGGACUGCCACACGCGCCUGCGCAGAGGGUGAAGAGCAACGAUGGGGAUACGAAUAGGCCAAGUCAUAAGCGAAGCAAGUCUGGGGACAUUCUGGGUAGUGCUCCAACCUUGAAGUCUUCAAUUGACGCUACAACAAAGUCGUCAAUGGCAGACGAAGCUGACAGGCAAGAUGAGUAUGCGGACGGCGCAACAGGGGCUGCUUCCAUUACAACCGCCCUUCAACAGCGCCAGGGCAGGAAGAGAACAGGAUCUCUAAGGAAAGCAGCAAUGGCGAAGAUGCGAGAGCGAAGCAGCUCGCUACGCAAUGAGCGCACUGCCGUCAAGGCCGCAGCUAUCACCACAACAAUAAGCACAACCUCGUCGGACGGCGGAGCGAAUUCUCACCCGUUCAACUACGACAAGGUGCCGCAAAACUCCUUCUCAUUAGACAGCGGAUGGCCGCAAUCUAGCACAAUGUCUCAGGCCUCGUUCGCCGCCGGUAAUGACUCGCUCGACGAAGUGGAGCGUCCAACCCCACAACUGCACGCAUCGUCUACAGGUACCCCCGUCAGGCCCUACGCAUCGACCACCGAUGAGGAUGAUAUGGCGUCUUUCUCCCAUCCUUCCGCCUCGAGUAGCACUUCUUCCUUCAACGCUACAGCCCAAGGGCUCCCCGCAAUGUCCCUCUCACGCCGCCGCUCGAACCGCAGCGAGCGACGCACCUCCCCCGUGAUAGACGAACCGCCCUCCGCCUUGGGCUUGGACGAUGAGUGGGAUUACAGCGAGACUGAGUGGUGGGGCUGGAUUGUGCUCCUAGUUACCUGGAUAGUAUUUGUCGUGGGAAUGGGCUCAUGUCUCGGCGUGUGGAGCUGGGCAUGGGAUGUUGGCGAGACACCUUAUGCACCGCCAGAGCUGGAAGACGAUGCGACGUUACCAAUCACGGGAUACUAUCCUGCCUUGAUCGUCUGUACAGCAGUAAUGAGCUGGGUCUGGGUCGUGGUUGCCUGGGUGGGCAUGAAGUACUUUCGACACGCCAAAGUGGUCAGCGACGAUGGCUAGCUGUCUUGGAAGCAGAAAUGCCGACAAAUACGACAAAUAUCGACAUCGGGUCGCAUGAAGCAUUUGCGCUGACUAGUUUUUUGUAUCCUGGUAUGUUCGCUUUGCGAUUCCGCUAUAUUAGCGAUAUGUUCCCAGACUUGAAACACUAAGGCUUAUCGCCACUAUUAAGUGUCCUUAGCAACUUCAUUGUUACAUGCUUAUCACAGACGUAUCCACAUUCUUACUUAAUCCUUCUCUUACUCCUGGCUCCGAUCUCAAAUUCUGCAGCACCGGACCGUUUCUCUAACCGUUUUCGCAGUGUCUAACGGUGUUUAAGAUGAACUUUUCGUGUCACC